AUGUGGCGUCUUCUCCAGGUGGGUGAUAAGUGGGUGAAUUACGGACCAAAAGCGACGUUUGAUGAACUCGCUUUUUCUGCUGCGCCGAUUUGGCUGACACCUUCUAUUUUACGAGAAAUCACGCGAGUACGAGGACUUAUGUAUGCGUACGCGGAUGGGUUCCCGUUUAAGCGGACUGUAUUCUACGCGUCAAUUUGGCCAAGGGACUGCAAUCAAGUAACAGGAAAAUAUAUGGAAGUUGGUUAG